GCAUAACUUCCUUCGAGCCUCGACCCUAACGCUGCUCGUUGUUGUUCAACAGGUGAUGGGGUCAAGGGAGCUCGAGAUGGAAGGAUCUCAAGGGAAGAUUGGGGUCGAGGAGUUCGCCUCUCUGUUGGGUCUGCGAGAUUGGGAACGAGACAACCUACCCAAGGUUGAGAUAGACUUCUUCAAGGGCUAUCAUGUUUCUGACUUCCUUGAGAAGUUUGGGCAGAUAGCGUCUCACUGUGAAUGGAAUGAGGAGCAGAUGCUAAAGGAGGUUAUGAAGUAUAUCCAUAUAGGCUUGAAGGAGGAAGUCGGUGAGCUGGUUAGAAGAGCGGGGUCAUUAUGGAGGAAGUUUUAUGGUGACAUGUGGAAUAAAUACCAGCUAGGCGAGGAACAACUGACCAAAGACGAUCUUGAAAAGAUAGAUCGAUACAGUUAUGUUUCAGUAGGGCACUUCCUGAUGGAGUAUGAGCGUGCAUCCCGCAAGGUCUGGGCGUUGUCUGAACACGACAAAUGCUUUAUCUUCCUAAUGAACUUUACGAAUGCCGAGCAGCGAGAUCUGAUCCGUGGGACAGAAGGAAGGCUCGUAUGGGACAAAAUACGAGAGAACUUUGUGCAGGGGGAUUUUGAUCAGUUCUCUGCCAUACUCUACGAGAAGCAAGGAAAAGAAAGGAGUUGCAAGGUUGUGGUAAGAGCAGAUGGUGAAUCUGAUGUAGUUUCGCUGUUGACUCUGGAGCAGGCCCCCUGGCUGGUGCUCGAGGCCCUUGUCCUGCUGUUCGCUCUCAUGCACUUGGACACAGAUGCCUUGGUCAGUAAUGUCCUGAACCUACUGAAGAGUCAUUGUCUGGCAGAAACCAUGGCCAAGUUGUGGUUCAGCCAUGAAGAACAACUGAGAGACGCUUGGGAUAGGGUACUCAUGGUAUUGAAUGAGAUCCCCCUCGCCCCAUUGCUCAUUCGUCAGCUCGCAUUUGCAGGUGGUGUCAUAUUUGGAAUGAUCGAAUCGUUCUUCUCGGCGGUUAGCAGCAGCAGCAGCAGUAGUCAUGAUUUACAGGACAAGAGGUAUCCAAAAGGACAUACACCUCAGAGGGCUGUUGAAGUCGACAAACUUCGUCCACAGCUGGAGAAGUUCAAGUUGGGAUCUGAGGUUCUCAUACCACAGAAGUUUGAGUUCAAGUCGGGAUCUGAGGUUCCCAUCCCGGAGAAGCGGGAGAAGUUUGAGUUCACGGCAGGAUCUGAGGUUUCCGUCCCCGAGACCCCGUCAGACAUUGGUCAGAUAGUAGGUGAAGUGGGGGAAAAGAGGCCGCCGAUUAAGAGCACCCCGACCAAGAUCACACCUAGACACACCCCGACCAAGAUCACACCUAGACACACCCCCAGAGUCACUCCAAGGGGUACCCCAAAAGGCACCCCAAAGGGUACUCCCAGACAUGCAAGGGCACCAGCCAGUGAAGGCAGCCUUAGCGAGGUUUCUGACAAUUUCAGUCAUGAUAGAGCUGCAGCUCCAGAGACUCCCACCGCGGCCCCGAUAUUCUUCAGCCCAAUUGUCUCAAAACAGAGGGAACAUAGAGUUACCUAUGAACGUCAAGGGAAGGAGCAGGUGGAACGUCAUCUCAUCACUUCGAGUCGAGUAACGAAGGAAGCAAUGCCGUCAACUGAGAUUGAUAACCUGGAUGCAUAUAGCGAUAACCUGGAUGCAGGCAGCAGAACAGGUUCCUGGCAACCGCUCAUCCUCGAGUCGGAUAUCGCUGUCAUGGCUGUGGAAAGGGUUGAGAAACCGAGGGAGAGGGGCUCUCCACCAACACCAACGUCAAGGACCACCGCAAAGGUGUCAAAAAGAAAGGAGGAGGAGGAGGAAGAUGAAGAUGAGGAGGAUGAAGUUUCCGCAUUGUUUCACCAGUGGGAGCUCCCACUGAGAGCAACAAAAAGAUGGAGACUUGCAGCUGGCGCUGGAAAAAGGAGAUAAAUGAUUGUUGCAGUGGCUGCAAUGUUGUGAGCUUUGAAUGUCGGUUGAUGCCUGCCUCCCCUGUGAUUUAGAGAUCGGCAGGCAGUUGUAAACAUACUAACAUAGCCAUAUUAGAUGCACGCAGUACAUGACGAGAGAGAGAGAGAGAGAGAGAGAGAGAGAGAGAGAGAGAGAGAGAGAGAGAGAGAGAGAAUAAGGAAAACGCUUGUUGACUAGUUUUUCGAGGAACUAUGUUGCGGGGGUGAUUGGAAAGUUGGCGGGAAGUUUUAAAAACGUUAAUCAGUUCAGAAAACGCAAAUAAUUCUGUAUGUGGAGAGGAUGGUCAGGAGGGUAUACUGUAAAAGGCAAAGCACACAGGAAAAACUGUGCCUUGAGGUUGUGCGGAGCUGAAUGAUAUGCCCAGAGGCACUUGAGGGAGGGCAGUUAGUCCCGGUUUGACUUUGAAAACUACUCUAACAGUUUGACUUUCUUCGGUUGUGGUCGUUACUUUACCGACGGCGUGCCUGGGAGGAGGAGGGGGACAUGUGAAGAUGCCAAGAGUGUGCACGUAUGAAAUAAAAUUUAAUAAAUACUAGAUGAAACUUCUCGCCACUGUAGGUAUUUUAGCGAUUUUUGAACUUUUAGUCGUUGAUUGUAUUGCAUUCAAUCGCAAGCAUUGCGCAGAGUUUCCGGUCGGACUCCCUCGUCUGCGGAAAAGCCAUCGUUUUUUUGUGAACACUGAACGCUCCUUUCACGUUUUUGUUUCCCCUUUUCUUUUUGUUUUGGUGGUUCCUUAGCUCGAGGUCUAGGUCCAUCUUUGACUGGAUUCUACGUUCUGAACCGCACAGAUUACAAGGAUCAACAGCUAUAAACACAGUUCGAGGAAGUAGGACCUUGCUCUUGGUGAGAUGAUGAUGUUUUGCGUGGCGAAUGGUUUGCUUCCGUUCGAAUUUGAUCUCCCUUGCAUUCUCCAUGCCUGAACCAUCCGCUCCUGGAGAAUCUGAUGUGAUGCGGGAUGCGCGAAGUGAUCACGACAGGAAGGACGUGGGUUGGUCUCAUGUGUGGAACAACAGUGGAACGCUUGCCAUACUUUUGAAUCCAGGUCAGACUUUCUUUCUCAGACUGGCUGCUUCACUUUCAAAUUGGUGCGCUUUGACAGAGCUUCAGUGGGCCAGGGGUCGAUGUCGACAGCGUCAGUUUGAUCAGAUGGCGGCAGGCAGUCGUAGGUUGUGGUUGUACUGGCGAGGCAUCAAAGUGAUAAUAUGGGGAAUAAUGAAUGCCUCGGUGAAUU